CAACCUCUGAUACAUGUGUUCUCAUCAAUACCGCCCCCGUAGGGAAGUGGGCGGUAGCACGGAUUGGACUCACACACUGCCUAUUCCUGGCCGACUUGUCUCGACGAAAUCUUCAUGUUGCUUGCAGUGAAGUAUGGAAUGGUGAAAUGUACAGGCACUCGUUGCCAGUACCCAAUGCCACACCCUUGCUACCUCUUCUCCUUCUCUGACAUCCACUGCUUCCUCCCGAGUGCCACGAUCCAAACAUGGCAGCCAUGAGCCACGUUGUAUGGGUGGCGGUCGAUGACGACAACCUCGACAAUUCGACCUACCUGAUCGAGCACAGUGACUUCAGCUGGCAGAUGCACCGUGAGACGGACCUGUGGAAGGAUGCUCGGGUACGCGAGCAGCCUCUUUUACUCGUCUUGGUGGAAUGCACGACUGAUCCACCAUCCUUGCAGUUCACUGCCAUGCUCCGCUCGCACUUUGCACCUGUCAUUGCUACCACGACGCCUGAUCUUGCUACGACCUUCGGCAUUGCUCACAACGUCUUCGACAUUGGCAGCUGUGGCACUUCUGUCGCAGACAGCGACAGCGCCGGCGACACUGCCUUCGGUUGCGAGCACAUCGACGUUGUGGCCAACCAGCACUUUGAUGCGGCCAACCAGUACUUAGAUGCGGACACUCAGAAUCAGGCCAAGGAGCUCGACGCCUGGUGUCUGGAUUACAUCACACCCACCUCGGGCGACGAUUGCUCGGCCAUCGCAACGGACAGCGGCAGCGAUACGACGUCUCUGACUCUGCACACGGAGGAGCCACAGACUCCCAAGCAUCAGAUCUGGCCACCCGCCACCCCGGUCGGCGAUGGCGUAUUCAAGAGUGCGGUGGAUGUGAAUGUGAUGACGCCGGAAUGGACCUAGGAGAGGAUCAUAGUCUAGUACUCGCAAGUGCGCGCGUAAAUCUUCAGCAACUUGCUUUGG